AUGACUCAAGGGAACCAAAACGCGUUUUCCAAGAACAAUCAAAACCCCGACCCACAGUACGAUGAAACAAUCACCGAGAAGCUUGUCGUGGUCAACGAGCGCUGGUACUACCCACCUGACAUUGCGAAUGACCUGAAGGAUGUCGAUCUUCCAUUCCGUGUUAAAGAGGAGGUUUUUGCGACCGCUUGGGAGUACACUCGCUGCGUGAUCCCCGAAUACACCAAUUGGUCUCGAUAUGUCGCUUUCAUGCGCACGAUCGUCGUGGGUAUCAUCGCAGAAUUUCGGGGUAGUCUCAUUGACGUGGUAUAUGAUGACAGGAUUUUGGGUUAUAGCCUCACUGAAGUGUUGAAUGCGUUGUGUGGAGGAACAGUAGGCCAUGCCGAGAUGUGCCGUGAAUACCGCUGCUUUAUAUUGAUCUCUUCGCAAAAGUCAAGCGACCAGACCAACACUAUGCUAUUCCGCCGUUAUAGUAACGCCCUGUCUAAAAGUCCUUGGCAAUUCUUUCGCAUGCGGGAUACCGACGCACUUGCCCGCUUUACUAUUGGUGCUGCUUUAGCUUGCAACAACCUUGACCAUAUCUGGUUCACCGCUGAACAAUUUGAUAUUAUGGCAGAAAUUGGUAAUACAAUGUACGAUGGGGUGGCCUACUAUAAGCACCGCUCUGAGGGAGAGGUCAACAGUACAUUUGCAUAUGUCCCCGAAAGCAAGCGCGUGUCAGCGUUUCAUAAAUGCCGCGAGGCGCUCUGGGCUUUGGAUGUAGCGUGGGCGAAAAAGCCAGAGAGGAAGUGCGUCAUCAACUUCCUCCGUUACUUUGGUGGCCCAAUCCAUGUGACGAUGCGACGAUAUCGCUUUGUGGAGGAGGGCCUUACCCUAGGUAAACCUGAUACAAAGCACGUCAUAGCGCAAACACGAAAAAACGUCAAGCUAUGGAAUAGACUCGAUGAGCAGAAGGACAUCAAAUGGCGGGAACUCCGAAGUCUCGAGCAGUAUCGUGACGUCCUCGCGCGAGAGGAGUUUUUAUUGUUCAAUGGCCUUAGAGCAAUGUUGGAAGAAGCCGACCAGGCGUUUUGCUCUGAAUGCAACUAUCGGGAGAUAUAUGGCGCGCCGCAGGAUCAUACCUUUGGUGGAGUUUUUCUUUGCUCUGGGUGUCAGCAGAAAUGGGCGAAGUACACUGAGAGUGUGCUUGAGCGCAUGACGAAAAGUUUUCCAGAGGCUGAGGAGACUAUUCGCAUUAGUGAGGUACGAGCGAACUCUUCAAUCGCGCCGUGA